GCGCAUGCGCACGGCGGGCGCGCGAGGCAUUACGGGGCUCGUAGUCUCCCGAAGGGGCCGCUCCCGGCCUCGCGGCCGCGGCUCCCUACACUACAACUCCCACGGGGCAGCGGGCGCGGCUCCCCGCACCCACCGGCUGGCCAGGCAGGACAGCCACUUCGCGGUCGGGUCCGCUGGCUGCCGCCCGCGCAAGGAGCGGGAAGAUGGCGGACGCAGUCGUGGGCAAAGACAAGUGCGGGGAGCAGAGGCUCGUCUCGCUGCCGUUGUCCCGGAUCCGGGUCAUCAUGAAGAGCUCCCCCGAGGUGUCCAGCAUCAACCAGGAGGCGCUGGUGCUCACGGCCAAGGCCACGGAGCUCUUUGUUCAGUAUCUAGCUACCUAUUCCUACAGACAUGGCAGUGGAAAGGAGAAGAAAGUACUGACUUACAGUGAUCUAGCAAACACUGCAGAGAAAUCAGAAACUUUUCAGUUUCUUACAGAUAUAUUACCGAAGAAGAUUUUAGCUAGCAAAUACCUGAAAAUGCUUAAAGAAGAAAAGAGGGAAGAAGAUGAGGAGAAUGACAAUGAUAAUGAAAGUGACCAUGAUGAAGCUGAAUCCUAAACCAAAAAAGUGCUUGGAAAGCAGCCUGGCGAGGACUGCCCUGGACCUGCUCCACUGUCUCUAAGCAUACACAACACUCCAGUGCGUGGGAUUCUUUCCAGGCCAAGACUGAGUGCCUCAUGCACCUACGCCACGAGCAGCCAGAGGGAGAGUGACCCAGACAGCAGCCCCUCCACAGGCCCGCUCUGCAGCUCAGGCGCCAAGAAAGCAGCUGGGACCGGCAGCCAUGCUGCCUGCUCUGCAGCUCGACUGUAGAGGCAAGGCCAAUUUUCACUUUUAAAUUUACAGUCAAUUUUGAAGAGCUUCUACCUAUCAGUUAUGUAAAUUUUCAUGUAUGUAUAUUUUGGAAUCAGUUCUUAUAAACAGCUAGGUUCAGUUUUAGCUGGUGGUAUGUUGCAUUUGAAUUUUUGUCUUUUAAGAAAAGUUGUUCAAAUAUUUUUCUACUGUAAAGAAAUAUACUUUUCUGUUAAAGAUCUGUACGUAUUUUUACAGUAAAAUGCUUUAUGGAACUAGUUUUAGAGCCCUCCAUGGCUCUGAGGAUUUUGUUACUGCCUACAAAUUUUGUGAAAUUUAAAAAUUAGCAUUCUAACACUUUUAUGCCCACAGAAAAAUUCCAAGUCAAAUUAUCAAAUCAAAUACAAAAUAAGUCUUACCUCUUGUAUAAGCAUGUUGUUCUAAAA